AUGCAGGGAGAUAUAGAGAUCAGCUCUGUUGAUGCCUUUCAGGGGAGAGAGAAAGAUAUCGUUCUAUUCUCCGCUGUACGCAGCAACCAUAGUAGAUCAGCCCCGCAGCAGCAGCAGCAGCAGCAGCAGCAGCAGCAGCAGCAGCAGCAGCAGCCCCGCAGCAGCAGCAGCAGCAGCAGCAGCAGCAGCAGCAGCAGCAGCAGGGUUGGUGUAGUAGGAGAUGUUGAGGAUGUUUCAGGGGGGGACAACGGCCCAUCGAUAGCAGCAUCUGCUGCAGCAGCAGCAGCAGGAUCAGCAGCAGCAGCAGCAGCAGGAGACGACAACGAAGCAGCAGCAGCAGCAGCAGCAGCAGCAGCAGCAGCAGAAGAAGAGAAAGAGGAGCUGCCUGCAUGGUCUCUCCAGACACAACGCGGUGGUGGGGGGCCCCCUGGGGGCCCUCAAGCCGGUGCAGCUGCACCUGCAGCAGCAGCAGCAGCAGCAGCAGCAGCAGCAGCAGCAGCAGCAGCAGCAGCAGCAGCAGCAGCAGCAACUGCUGCUGCCUAG